CAGUUCGGUGGGGGUUCGAAAACCGGAAGCGCAACAUUAUCACCCGGGCUGAAAAAACCUCUCCGUCUGUUUAUAUUUUGGCUUUAAGUUUUGAAUUUAUCUCGCUCAACUGCUCCGGACUGAGUUACGUCGCUUCAAAUCUAAAACCGCAAGACGGUUCGGUUCUUAUCAAACGACCCACAAAGCAACAAAACUGGCCCCUCCACUGCCUGUCACCAUGCCCGCCUUGCUGGAGAGACCCAAGCUGUCCAACGCGAUGGCCAGAGCGCUCCACAAACACAUCAUGAGGGAGAGGGAGCGCAAGAGACAAGAGGAGGAAGAAGUGGACAAAAUGAUGGAGCAGAAGAUGAAAGAGGAGGAGGAGAGGAAGAGGACAAAAGAAAUAGAAGAGAGGAUGUCUUUGGAGGAAACCAAAGAACAGGUCAUGAAAAUGGGUGAAAAACUUCAGGGACUCCAAGAAGAGAAACACCAGCUGUUCUUACAGCUGAAGAAAGUCCUUCAUGAAGAGGAGAAGAGACGCAGGAAGGAGCAGAGGUAUGAUAUCACAACAUUGACAUCAGCCAGUUACCAAGCCAGCCUGCCCAUGCACGCAGGGCAGCACCUCCUCAGCAUCCAAGGAAGUCCAGUCAGCCACAGUCGACCUGGUGCGCUACUGGGAGAACGGAGUAAACAGCUGUUCCCAGCUGCUGUGAUUCCAGCACGGCACUAUCAGACGCCAGGCUUCAGCUCGGGCUCAGCAGAGCACGGACAGUUCAGCGGGGGCCAGGGGGUCCAUGAGCCCUACGGGGUGGCUCAGGCCCAGCACCCCUCCACCUACGCCCCCGGACCAUCAGUGCCUGUCAGUUUCGCAAGCAGCUCUCAGAUCAGAGGUGCGUCUGCGUUUCAGGCCAUGCAGUACCUCCCCCACCAGCAGCCUGGUUACCCCGUCCACAGUCACUUCACCUCUCAGCCUGGAUACAUUCCCGGAGCAGGAAUACCGCUCCAGAAGCAGCUGGAGCAUGCAAACCAACAGUCCGGCUUUACCGAUGCAGGUGCUUUGAGGCCGAUGCAUCCACCAGCCAUGCACCCUUCUGCCCCAGGCCUGCUGCCCACACCAUCCAUGGCCGUGCAGAUUCCCACUGCAAAGGCGCCGUUCCAGAGCUCCCCCCAGGGUGCUCCUCGCCACGGCUUCCUCUCCCACAGCCAGAGCAGCCAGAGGUUCUACCACCACGGCAAGUAACUCAGCCACCUUCACCUUCACCUUCACCUUCACCAUCGUCACGGAGACUUCACUCAAGAUUCUGGAGAACCUAAUGGAUGUCUAAUGGGCCGACUUCUUUUAAAAAAAAGCAGUUGGUAGGCUGGAUUAUUAUGUGAUCUGUGUUUUAUAACCUGUACAGUACCUCUUUUUUUGACUUGGUUAAUUUGUGCUCCUGCUUCUGUGCUUCUGUAAACAUCCAACUUUAUUUUUUUUCUUCUUACAAAUGAUGUUAAUUUGUAAAAUAACUCUUUUUACCUACACUGUAAAGCUGUUCUGGAUGUGCCUAAGUGCACUUAAAUGUUAAUAUCUUGUAUAAAGCAAGACAGCAUGAACCAGAGCUUAUUCUUUGUAUACUAACAUCCAUAAUUACCACAUCAGCGGAGGGUUUAAUGACUAAACACUAGAAGAAGAAAAAAGAUUUGAGGGAAAUGAUUUAGCAACACUUAGUUUAAUUUAGUGCGUGGAUUAAAUCAACAUUUUUCCCGCUAACAUCACACACACACUGAUAUAACUGAGACACAAUGUCUUAGCUAAAAUACUUUUUUUACAUCCAUUUCAGUCAAAUCACAUUUUUCUGACAAAGCUAUGAAGGAUUUCCUGUGUUUUUCUUCUAAUACAGAAUAAAAGAAGUCAAGAGUCUCUGCUGUUUUAAAGCUUUUAUGUUGCUGAAUAAAAGGAGAAGCAAACGCCACGUCCAACA